AGUAACUUAUCUGUGCAUGAUUGAAGCAAUACAGAAAACGUGGCCUGUGCAUAUUUGAGGACUGAAGUUAAGAAACGCUCAUGGGUACCCUGCAAGGAAAGAGUCGUGUUACAGGAAAAGAAUAGGGGAUGAUGACUGUGAGUGUAUAGAGUGCUGUGAUCCUGAGAGCUGGAACAUUACAGGACACAACAACACCUGUCAAUGGUUGGCAGAUAUGGGACCACUCAUUUUCUGCCUGCUGCUGGCCGGCUCUCUGUGGCAACAAGCCUGCAGCAGUCGAUCAUUCACAAUUGACUUUACCAGGAACUGUUUCCUAAAGGAUGGGGGGUGUUUCCGUUACAUUUCAGGGAGUAUCCAUUACUUCCGAAUUCCUGCCAGCGCCUGGAAGGACCGACUUCAAAAAAUGUAUAUGACUGGUCUCAAUGCUGUCCAGGUAUAUGUGCCCUGGAAUUUUCACGAACCACAGCCUGGGGUGUUUAACUUCAGAGAUGAUCGUGAUCUUGAACAUUUCCUGGACCUGACAAUGGAGAUUGGUUUGCUGGUCAUCAUGAGACCAGGACCCUACAUCUGUGCAGAAUGGGACAUGGGCGGACUCCCAGCCUGGCUGCUGAAUAAGAAAGAUAUAUCUUUACGCUCCUCUGACCCAGAUUACUUGAAUGCUGUGGAUUCCUGGAUGUCCGUCCUGCUCCCCAAACUACGUUCCCGCCUGUACAGCAAAGGAGGAAACAUAAUCAGUGUCCAGGUGGAGAAUGAAUAUGGAAGUUUUCAUGCCUGUGAUUACAGCUACAUGCGUCACCUUAACACCAUGUUCCGUCUGUACCUGGGGGAUGAUGUUGUGCUUUUCACUACAGAUGGCAAUGCAGAUUAUUUUCUUAAAUGUGGGACUCUGCAGGACCUGUAUGCUACUGUCGACUUUGGCCCAGUGGCCAAUGCAACUAAAGCCUUUGAAGCUAUGCGCAGAUAUCAGCCCAGAGGACCUCUGGUGAACUCUGAGUAUUACACGGGGUGGUUGGAUUACUGGGGACAGAAACACUCUCAGACUCCAUCGUCUCAAGUCAGCAAGGGCCUGCAGAACAUCUUGGAGACCGGAGCCAGUGUGAACAUGUACAUGUUUAUGGGCGGCACCAACUUUGGCUACUGGAAUGGGGCAGACUUUUCGAAAAUAUACCAGCCAAUCACAACAAGCUAUGAUUAUGACGCUCCUCUUACCGAAGCGGGGGACCCAACAGAUAAAUUACUAGAGAUACGAUCUGUGAUUAGCAAGUUCCAACCAGUGCCAUUUGGGCCCAUCCCUCCCCCCUCCACAAAAUUUUACUAUGGUUUAAUCACUCUGCAAAAGGUUGGGGCUCUAGUGGAUCUAUUGGACAUUGUGUCAUCAGGAGCCCCCUUUGUGACUGAUUACCCAAUCACCUUUGAGGAUGCCAAACAGUAUUUUGGGUUUAUGCUAUACCGGACCCACCUUCCCUUGGACAUCACAUUCUGCGCUCCUCUUUCAUCACAAGUAAAUGGCAUCCAUGACCGUGGCUAUGUUUCAGUUAAUGGGCGCUUUUACGGUGUGCUGGAAAGAGACGGCAUAAAGGAGGUUAAUGUGACAGGUAAAGCGGGAGAAUGGUUGGAUGUCCUUGUGGAAAAUAUGGGGAGAAUCAACUAUGGUUCAGAUCUCAGAGACUUUAAGGGUUUGGUUGGUAACUUGACUCUCAAGGCAAACGUUCUCAAAGAUUGGCUGGUUUACUCGCUCAAUCUAGAUGGUCCAAUUGCAGGAGGCUGGCCUCAUAUUCUUGGUAAUCACAUCUUUAGGACUCCACAAACUGAGAAUACAGGGGGCCCAGUCAUCUACAGUGGAACCUUUAAAGUUACUGAUGUUGGAGACACGUUCCUAAAAUUGCCCCAGUGGACAAAGGGACAGGUAUGGAUAAAUGGCUUCAAUAUUGGACGGUACUGGCCUGCUCACGGGCCACAGAUGACUCUCUAUGUGCCAGGCAGCAUCCUGAGCUCUUCACAAAAUAACAAUAUUACUCUGCUGGAACUAGAGAAUGCCCCAGAGCUGCCAAUAGCCCUGUUUCUGGAUAGACCAAUACUGAAUGGGACGUUUCUGAGGAAAUGAGUACCCAUCUUGCUGCAGAAUACAAGGAUGGUUGACUAUUGAGCCAUAACAACUCUUACCAGAAUCUGGUGGUAUGGACUUACAUAAUGUGGUUGUACACACCUCCUGCACAGCCAACAUCACAAUUUUACUCUCAAGAUUUGGGCCUCUAAAGUCAGAGGUUGGUGAAAUCAUUGUAUAAGUUGCAGCUCUGACACCUCAGCAGCAGAUUGAUGCAUCCUGUCUGGGAGCAGGAGCUGGCCAGCGUAGCUUUACUGUACGAGUGUAGCUUUCAGACCACAAUUGAUGAAUAUGUGAGUCUUUGAAAUUUGAUCAUGCAACAAGUACAGCGUACUAAACAGACAUUAUUGUAUGAUGUACUUCAAUUUAACUCUACUAUUUAGCAGUGACGCUGAGGAAAGUUUGUGUCACUCUUUGAAGAUAAAAACCUUUAAAAACACAUCCACAAUAGUAAUUCCUAUUACACCCACAUCUACUGUAUAUGUAUUGGUGGCCUUAAAGAGGUUGUACCAUACUGCCUUCUAAGCACUUAAUGACCCCUUCCCACUGUGUCUUGCUGAUUGCUGUAAAAGGCAGGAGGUAUAAUAAAAUAAAAAAAACCCAUACAAUUAUUUGUCUAGUUGAUCCCUGUCCAAUUUAUUUUUAUUAUCUCAUUAGCAAAAGGGAAUCAUGUCUAACCAGGCAGAAUCCUUCUCUCAGGGCCCCUGAAACUGUUGCUUGGCAUAAGCCCUCUCUGCUUAGCUUCUGCCAUAAAACGAUUUGUGUAAAUAUAAUUAAAAUGAGAUUGCAUGCUUCAAUCUCCUGCUGUUUCAUACAAUACAUGUGCAUCAGUGAAAGGCUGUUUAUAAAGGGACAUACAAAUAAAAUGUUAGUGAUGUUCA